ACAAAUGCAUAACUCCAACACACUUCUCUCCAGCCCUUCUCUCUCUCCAAUUGUGUUUCAGAGCUGUCACGUGUAACGUGUAAGGUUCGAAGCGCAAAGAAAAAAUGGGUCUUCCUCUAAUGAUGGAGAGAUCAUCAAACAACAACAACAACAAGGUCGAGCUCUCUCGAGUGGCAGUUUCCGACACACAUGGUGAAGAUUCACCUUACUUCGCUGGCUGGAAAGCUUACGACGAAAAUCCUUACGAUGAAACACAUAACCCUUCCGGUGUCAUUCAAAUGGGUCUCGCCGAGAAUCAGGUCUCGUUCGAUCUUCUUGAAAGUUACUCAGAGAAGAAGAACCCAGAAGGUUCGUUGUGGGGAUCAAAAGGAUCACGUGGGUUCAGAGAAAACGCACUGUUCCAAGACUACCACGGUCUCAAAACUUUCAGACAAGCCAUGGCUAGCUUCAUGGAAAAGAUCCGUGGAGGUAAAGCUAGCUUCGAUCCUGAUCGGAUCGUUCUCACCGCCGGAGCCACCGCCGCUAACGAACUCUUAACUUUCAUCCUCGCCGAUCCCAACGACGCCCUUCUCAUUCCCACGCCGUAUUAUCCAGGAUUCGAUAGAGAUUUGAGAUGGAGAACCGGAGUGAGAAUUGUACCGAUUCAUUGCGACAGCUCGAACCAUUUCCAGAUAACCCCUGAGGCGCUCGAGACGGCUUACGAAACAGCACGUGACGCGAACAUUAGAGUCCGAGGAGUGCUCAUAACCAACCCAUCAAACCCAUUAGGCGCGACGGUUCAAAAGAAGGUUCUAGAAGAUCUUCUUGACUUCUGCGUCCGCAAGAACAUUCACUUGAUCUCAGACGAGAUCUACUCCGGCUCGGUCUUCCACGAGUCAGAAUUCACCAGCGUAGCCGAGAUCGUAGAGAACAUCGAUGACGUGUCAGUCAAGGAGCGUGUCCACAUCGUUUACAGCCUCUCCAAAGAUCUCGGCCUUCCCGGUUUCCGAGUUGGGACCAUUUACUCGUACAACGAUAAUGUUGUAAGGACGGCGAGAAGGAUGUCGAGUUUUACGCUCGUCUCGUCUCAGACACAACACAUGCUGGCUUCUAUGUUGUCGGAUGAGGAGUUUACGGAGAAGUACAUAAGGUUAAACCGGGAAAGGCUUAGGAGACGGUACGAGACAAUUGUGGAAGGGCUUAAGAAGGAAGGGAUCGAGUGCUUGAAGGGCAACGCAGGGUUGUUCUGUUGGAUGAAUUUGGGUUUCUUGCUCAACACGAAAACGAAAGAAGGCGAGCUCGAGCUUUGGGAUGUGAUCUUGAAGGAGCUGAAGCUGAAUAUAUCGCCGGGAUCUUCGUGCCAUUGCUCGGAGUUUGGAUGGUUUAGGGUUUGUUUUGCUAAUAUGAGUGAGAAGACUUUGGAGAUUGCGUUGAAGAGAAUACAUGAAUUCAUGGACCGACGAAGGAGGUUUUGAAUUGUUAAAACACAAGAAGUAAAUUAAAGCCGAUGUUAUUUUUUAUAUGGUUAAUACAUGGGGUAAGGGGAAGUUAGUUUUUUUUUUUGGGAAAGAGAAGACAAUUAGUUGAAAUCCAUUUAUGUAAAGUGGGUUUUGAUUUGUUUCUCUUUUCUAGAUAUUAUUGUUUGUUUUCUUGCUCUGGACGAAGCAAGUUAAUUUCAUGUUUAUUAAAGGUUGAUUGUAAUAUUUGCUGUUAUAUACGAAAAUUGAAUAAUUUCUUUUGUUUUA